ACUAGCUACCAUAUCUCUUACCACAACAACUCUCACAUGCAUGGACAUGGAGUCCCAAAACCACCAAAUCCCUCCAACCCAAAACCCUCCUCAUCCCAUUCCCGAGUCAUCGCCACAACCCAGUUUUCCAGCCAAACUUGCCCACCAGCUGAAAUUCAAUCUCAUUUUCCGGUCCAAAUGGGCCGAGUUGAACGGUGCAAUGGGCGACUUAGGCACCUACAUCCCAAUCGUAGUGGCCUUAACACUAGCCAGAGACUUGAACUUGGGCACCACCUUGAUCUUCACCGGAAUCUACAACAUCAUCACCGGAGCCAUCUACGGCGUUCCCAUGCCGGUCCAACCUAUGAAGGCCAUUGCCGCCACAGCCCUGGCCAACCCGGAUUUCGGCAUCCCCGAAAUCAUGGCCGCCGGAAUCCUAACCGGUAGCACCCUCAUCGUUUUGGGUGCCACCGGUUUGAUGCAACUGGUCUAUAAGUUGAUCCCUUUGUGUGUGGUCAGGGGAGUUCAACUGGCACAGGGAUUGUCAUUUGCGUUAACCGCGGUCAAGUACAUUAAGAAGGUGCAAAACUUGCCCAAAUCCAAAGCCAUGGGGGAGAGGCACUGGUUUGGGUUGGAUGGUUUGGUGUUGGCUAUUGUUUGUCUUUGUUUCAUAGUCAUUGUUAAUGGUGCAGGUGAGGAAUAUCAUCCAGUGAGGGAAGGUGAAGUUGAGGUUGAAGAAGAAAGACCUAGCAGAAAAAAGAGGUGGAGGAAAAUCAUAGCUUCACUCCCUUCGGCUUUUUUAAUUUUUGUGUUGGGUAUGAUUCUGGCUUUUAUAAGAAAGCCAAAAGUUGUGCAUGAAAUUAAAUUCGGGCCAUCUCCUAUGGAGGUUGUGAAGAUUAGUCGGCAUGCAUGGAAAGAUGGGUUCAUCAAAGGGACAAUUCCACAACUGCCCCUGUCAAUAUUGAACUCAGUGAUUGCUGUGUGCAAAUUGUCCUCUGAUCUUUUCCCAAAUAAAGAUUUCUCUCCCACAUCAAUUUCGAUCACGGUUGGGCUGAUGAAUGUGGUGGGUAGUUGGUUCGGAGCCAUGCCCAGUUGUCACGGGGCCGGCGGGUUGGCCGGCCAGUACAAGUUUGGGGGGAGGAGUGGGGGGUGUGUGGCACUACUAGGGUCAGCCAAAUUGGUGUUGGGUUUGGCUUUAGGGACUUCUUUGGUGACCAUUUUGAACCAAUUUCCAGUUGGGGUUUUGGGGGUGUUGCUCUUGUUUGCUGGGAUUGAACUGGCUAUGUGUGCUAGGGACAUGCAUACUAAAGAAGAGUCCUUUGUGAUGCUUAUUUGCACUGCUGUUUCACUAGUGGGUUCGAGUGCAGCACUAGGAUUUGUGGUGGGGAUGGGUGUGUAUGUUCUACUUUGGCUGAGAAAGUUGGGCUGCAAAGACAAACCUAAUUGGAUGAUAUGGAAGCAUGGUCGAACCAUGGUAGAAAAUUAUGAUCACAACCCAUGAUGCAUGGUGUAGCUAGACUUGUAUGUGUUUCAAAAAUGCUUGCUAAUAUGGUGCAGGGGGUUUGGAAUCAUGAUGUACAUCACAAGUCACAACAUCAUUAGCCGUAAAAGCUCAUAAUGGGGGAGAGAAAUAUAUUCUGAUCGACAAUAUUAUACAGAGUUCGAGUUGACAAAUCAUUUGAUUGCAAUAGAUAUAUAUAUAUAUAUAUAUAUAUAUAUUGCGGUCUAGUUGAGAGACAGAUGCGCUGCUUAAUAUGCUCUUUGAAUAAAUUCUAGCUAUACUCUGUUCAUAGGGACCAUUACCAUUGUUACAUCUUUCACAGUAAUUAAUUAAUCUUUGAAAUUCUUAAAUUCCUUGAGGGGAUUUUAGGUGGGAAUACAUAAUUUCGGGGGGUCAUUUGUGAUUAAGUCCUUACAUAAAAUACUUUUUAAGACUGGAACAAGUACUAGUGUUUUGAGGACAAUCUACACGGUAAACUCUAUCUAUAUCGAAACACAUGCAAGGCUACCUUCUGCAGUUCUGCUCCAGACUCAUCACACUGUAGCCAUGGAUUAAAUCCGAACCAGCUGAGAACGGCGGUCAUCAAAUGAUCGGGCGAGACCCAUUCAUCUGGAAGGCGAUUAUCAACUCAAAACCACUUUUUCACUUCAUUGGUUAGCCACAAGUCAUAUGCCUUCUUGAAGUAAAUGGAAGCGGUUCGAAAUUUUAGAAUGGUGCAUGUCCCAUGCUUGUUAUAUUGAUGUUCCCAAAAUUUCUAGCUCAUCCGUAUUCCCUUUUUCAUAAUUUUUCCAACAUGCUCUGAGUUCAGUUUUUAGCUGUGGGGAUAACUAUUAAGAAGA